CAGUUCCUUGUUUUCCCGUCAGGGGGCAGCAGUUAUACAUAACCUGAACGCAGCGGACGAAGCAAAAUCGAAACUCUUCAAUGAGUCCACCUUCAGAGAAAUAGUUUUGUUUUUGUUUUUUUCCCCCCACCCUCUCUUAUUUUAAUCCUUUGCAGUCUUGGCAGAAAUGAACGGGUCGUUGCACUCCAGCCCAACACUUGUGGAUAUAAAUCUGAACCGAGGACCCGCAGGUCUGGGGUUUAAUAUAAUCGGAGGCAUCGACCAACAAUUUGUCAGGAAUGACAAUGGCGUCUAUGUUAGUAAAAUCAAAGAAGGUGGAUCAGCAGCACUAGAUGGACGACUCGAAGAGGGAGACAAGAUUCUUGCGAUUAACGGAGUCUCGCUUGAGAACCGGUACCACAGCGACGUGGUGGAGCUGUUCAGGUCAGCCGGGGAGAACGUCCACCUCCGCGUCAUGAAAAAGUCUGACCUAAGUAACGGACCAGCCACCUCCAAACCUAAUCGCCAACCUUCCUCGUCUGCUCUGGGAAUGCUGGCGUUAUUUGCUGGAGCCGUGUCGAUCAUUGUUAUAGUAGCUCUUUAUAAACGGCUUAAAUAGACUUUUUUUUUAGUAUAUAUGUAUUAUGUAUCGAAGCUGACGAUGUCUGUAUGUUUGUUUUAGAAUCAAAACCUUUGCUAAUUGCCAAAAAAAAAAGAUAAAGAAGCAGACGGUGUGAAUGGUAGACCUUUUUCUGAUUGGCAGGUAAUGGCGUCAUGAUUUAUGUUCAGUGAUUUAACGGUAGCUUCUUGAGGACCCAUCUUCUUAUCGUCGGGGUUAUCUCAUGUAAAGAAAUUUGUGCCGUAUUGAGGUAAAGGGUUCCCGCCUCUGAGCGGACGAGAGCAAAAGAGCGGUGUGGACAGACGUCGAAAUAAUCGAGUCGUUCGUAAAAUGUAAGCGCUGCGUCGCGUUAGCCGCGGAGACCCCUCCCUCCCUGUGCGCCCAGAGAGCCCGCUGCGUCCUCAGUGUUCAGACCAACUCCUACAAGAUAAUCGUAAGAUACAAGCCAGGGUUUGUACAUUCAAACCCACCUGGAAAAAAAUAAAUUAAUGAAAUCUGAGAUGACUCGAGGGACUACUUUUAGCUGCGGAUGAAGACGCAUUGCUUUUUAGUGUCCCCCCACCCACCCCCCAUCUCGUUUUGUCGUUUAAAAUUUUAACGGUUUUAAAUGACACUGUGGCUCUGUAAGCUGAAGUAUCCCAGUUAUUCUUCAUCGGGUCAGUGUCUCAUGCGUUCAGGCCAGUUUAUCUUGGCCUUUAAGUAGACCAAUUCAGGAAAGGUGUACUUGCCAUUGCCGCCGCUGAGGCGUUCAGGAAGCCUCGGUCACUUCUACAGCGGCUUUCUGUCAAUUUUUCUGGUGACAGUGUUUCAUAGAUUCUCCGAGGGGUUUAGGUGAGCCAAGUUUCCUGACCAAACAAGCACAUUUUGGUCAUCAAAGCAGGUGUUUGUGCUUUUCUCAGUCGCUCAUGUGGCAUUUUCCACCACAUGUUUUCCUUCCAUUUAACAUUCCAUCAGUUACUCUUGGAUUCUGUGUACGUUACUAUUCAACAUUGUGAAUGCUGGGUUUUUAUCAGCUGUAGACCAUGAUCAUCAAAAUUAGCAUCAAUUGUUCAAAUGUAUCACUUUGUGGAUUUUAAGAGUUUCACUUUCUGAAUUGAUCUAUGGACUGAGAUGCACUUUCUUCCCUCGCGUCGCUAGGAGGUGCUCUCAUCACUCAUUAAAUCCAGAUUUUGCAGAUAUAGUUCAGUAAUAAAAAAAAUAUAUCUGAUUCAUUUCUGAAAUGGAGAUGUUAUGAUUGUACAAGUAAAGGGAUUUUUUUUUUUUGUUUCAUUGUGAGCAGUUUGUUUUCAUUCGUGUCUCAGUCUAACAGCAGUGUUGCAAUCAACUCACUACUUUUACGUUUUGCACUAAAGCAACAAUCAUGGAGAUUUUCCGAUAGCGGUUAUGAAACAGGUUUGAACAGAAAUUGAUGUUUGUUUGCUUUUUCUUCUUUUGGUCACAUCACAUCACCAUCUCUAUAUGUGGCUAAUUGUAUGUAAAUACAUUUCUGCUAUGAGACAUUGUGAAUAUGUGCAGUAUGCCAGAAAAGAAAAUCACAAGCACUAAGUUAUGCAAAUAUUCUGUUUGACAUGCAGACAUGUAAUAAAAUGUGUUUAAUUCA